AUGCCUUGGUUACUAAUUGCAAUAUUUAAUAGCCGAUGUGUUAAUACGCACAAUAAUUUCCUUACAGUAGAUAAUACUAGUAAAACAAGCGAUGCCAGUGUUACAAUCGCUACCAGGUACACAAGAGAUGGAAGUAAAGAAAUUGACACAACUUUGAUAAGUGAUACAAGUGAUACAAGUGGUACAGUUGAUAGCAGUGAUACCACUACAGUUGAUAUCAGUAAUGUCAUUAAUACAGGUGAUACCAGUGAUGCCAAUGAUACCAGUGAUGCAGGUAUGAUUGUAGGCUUAAUUAUUGGUGGUUUAUUACUGGCUUGUGUUGUUAUUGUGACUAUUGUUUUUAUUAGAAGGCAUAUAUUUAAGCGCAGACCCAGAGAAAAAAUAAGAAACAAUCUCAGAGAAAAUGACUAUAUUGGAACUCAAGAUAUAGCUUUACCACUAACCGCUAAUGAAUCAGGUUGCAUACAAACUGAUGGCAAAAAUACCAAUACUGCAUAUACAGUGCGUUGGAACACAACUGUAUCAGACAAUUCAACUCUUAGUGAUCAUAGAUAUUCCAUUGUUGAUCAGACACCUGAAACAACAUUAAAUGAGACAAAAGACGGAAAAGGAACUACAGACAGUUAUAUGAUAUUAGAUCCGUCUGCCACAGGUUUCAAUAGAACAAAAUUGCCUAACACUUAUGAGUUUGCAAAGCCUGUUAUUGAUGCAGAAAACAACAUUGGCGACGAUGAUCAAUACGCUUUAUCUGAGGAAGGAGUCUACGACCAUUCCGGAAAUAAUCGUCACAAAGAAUCAGAGGUUAACAUUUAUAACCAUGCUGUUGAUACUAUUUACGACUGUGGAAGCCACAAAAGAAAAGAAGAAGGAAGGGAAGAUACAUAUGAUCAUUUCUUUGGACAUAAAACUGAAGAUGAUUAUGAUAUAUCAACAACGACAUGAACCCAAGCAAUAGAGACAUGUUACAUACAUUUAUAUGUAGAUAUUUCGUAUGUUGAUCGUAAAAAUUUUGUUUUCAUUUUCAAAAGAAGUAUAAAUGUAUAUAGUUACAAAACAGGUGACACUUUGUAAAUAUAUAUUGCGUACUAGUUAAAGAAUAUUUUGUUCAUGCUAAAUGUCUUCAGAUGUGUCAUCAAACACAGUUUUCAUUGCAAUAUGUAAGGUACGAUCAAUGUGUUCUUUGGCCAUCAUUUCAAUGUAUCGUGAAAUGUUUGUAAAUUAAGGUCUUAUGCAUUUAUAGCUUUACAAGAGACAGGAAAAUGCCAUGAAAAUAGAUUUUCGUUGGCGCUAAAGACAAUUACAAUUAUC